UAUUAUUUCGUGCAAUAUAAAAAUCACAAAAAAUGUUAAAAAAUGAAUGACAAGUUUUGUGCAUAGUAUAAAAGAUUAAUUAUAAAUUUACAUAUUGCUUCAAUUUAGAUGCAUUUAUACUUUAAUUUAUAUUUGCCUAAUUUUAUACUGUAGUAAUUAAAAUACGUACUUUAUAGAGAUUUUUAGUGGUAAAAUAUACCACAGAAUAAUUUAUAAGAAGUGAAUGUAUAAAUACUAUAUCAAAUAGAUCUGAUAUAGUAUUAUAGCACAUAAGGCUUGCUUUAUUUAAUUAUAAUAUUUCAAGCAUGUUUAAAUAGGACUAUAGUACAUAUAGUAUUUUGUACAAAUAUGCACGCACAAAAUCUUUUAAGAGAGAAAGUGCAUGAAAUUUUCUCAAAGAAGAUCCAGAAAAAAUAUGCUACACUGGCUGAACUUGCUCGUAGGCAGAUGUACUCUAAUUUUUACAAAAAUGGCACAUAUAAAAUUAAGUGAAAAUGCGAACAGAUUAUGUACAGGAUGUUCAACCAAAGAAAAGGCAGAAUGAACUUUUAUAUAGAUAUGGAUAUUUUCUAUCAAUGCUUUUAUGUAUGAUGCUUGCCUCACUUAAGCCACAUUUUGGUAAAACAAAUGGUGUUCUGAAUGGAAAUAUUAUUAUUCGAUAUUUUGCUGUUCCUUUAACGUACUUAGAAGCAGGCCUAUUAUGUGAUCCAAAAACACUUUAUUUAACAUUAAGCAAUGGUUCUCUCUUAAUAUUUACAAUGACUUUCAUAUAUAUUUUAAUGCCCUUUCUGAUGAGAGUUGGAGUAUGUUUAUUGACUUAUGCCAAUGUCAAUGUGUGGUUAUUGAAAGGAAUGGAAGUACUUUACUGUAUGCCACCUCCAUUUAAUACAAGUUUUGUUUUGUGUCAAUUGGCACAAGCAGAUUUGUCAACAAGCAUUGUGAUUACUUUAGUAUCUCAUUUUGGAGGAUUAUUUAUAUCUCCUAUAUUAUUAUACUUUGUGUUAGGGGCAUCUACACCUCCCUUAGUUGGUGUGAAUGUAAAGGAAACCAUUUAUAGUACAAUUGUACCAUUAAUUAUUGGUAUUGCAAUUCAAAUUGUGAUCUUAAAGUAUGAUGUUUGUUUCAAAAUUAAGUCACCUUGGUUUUCUCAAGGACUAUUAUUAGCUACAGCAUAUCAUUGGUUUUGUGAUGCUGUGUUGGUAGACGCAUCAUCUUUGCAAGCUACUGAUGUGUUAUUAUGCGUAUUACUUGCUUGCGUGGGACAACUAUUUGUUAGCUGCUUAUGUUGGAUUUUGUGCUCUCGGUGGUUACCUCGGAAUAUCUUGCUAGCUGCACUUUUUACAAGUACUCACAAAUCAGUUGGUCUUGGAAGCUGGGUUUUACGUGGUGCUUAUCAUGGUUCAGCCCAUGGUCCUGCAGUAAAUUUACCAUUGUCUGUACUACCAGUUGCACAAUUGCUGUUAGGUAGUUUAUUAGCUAGUUGGUUGUCUCCAUAAUGUAAAAUACGUUAUGUGAUUAAUUUGAAUAAUUUUGUUUGUAUACUUUGCAUUCCAUGUGAAAUUGCAUGUAUAUACUAUUUGUUGUUUAUGUAAAUUUCCUUUGAUUAUAUGUAUUUUUUGUGUACUUCCUAGUAUAUAAGCUUUUUAAUAAGAACAUUCUUUCCUUUCUUCUCUUAUAUUUGUUAAUGUACUUACAUAAUAGCGAAACAUUGAAAAUAUAUACUAUAUUACUUUUUAUAGUAGUAAAAUAUUGUAAGGUAUUUCGGUACGUAUUACUAGAAUAUUUAAAAAUGUAAUUAAUCUGUUUAUUUAAUGAUCACGUUCAUUAUAGAAAAGGAUGCCUUAACAAAUAGUAUUCAAACAUGGAGUUAAGAAAUAAAAAAGGCUUAAGUAGAUUAA